UUCACAUUCAAUUGCGUCUAACUUCUACAUUCAACGCAUUCUCUUACCCUCGUCUUUCCUUUCCUGUUACGCUGAUUGAGCCAACAUGCCAGGUUAUCCUAGCUUGUUCCGCUCGGCGGCAAUGAGCUACGUUCAGCUCUACAUCCCGACAGAAGUGGCCCAUGACACGAUUGCUGAGCUGGGAGAGCUUGGGAUGGUCGAGUUUAAGGACUUGAACCCCGGUGUCAACGCUUUCCAAAGGGCAUUCGUCACCGAGAUCAGGCGAUUCGACGAGAUGGCCCGUCGCGUACGAUUCUUUGAAUCUCAGCUCGAUACCGCCAGCAUCUCCACUCGCCCGCUGGAGGACAGUGCACCGAUCAUCAGUGUUGGACCUCGUGCAGCACAGACGUUUGACGAACUGGAGGUCACACUGAAGGAGCAUGAGGAUCGCUUGGUGCAGAUGAAUGAGAGCUAUGCUAUGCUGAACACACGGUCGCGCGAGCUGCAUGAGGCGAGACAUGUCCUGCGUGAAACUGCGGUCUUCUUCGAAAAGGCGGAGUCGCAGGAACACGACAGACGUCAUUCGCUCGAUGAACCGACCCAACCACUACUAGCCAGCGAAGAGGCAGAAGCAGGACACUAUCACCAUCCUGACGCUGCCACCAGUAGUGUUGGAUUGACGAUCGACCUCGAGUUCGUGGCGGGCACGAUCGAUCGCCAACGACUCCCCACAUUUGAGCGUGUGCUGUGGCGCGUUCUGAGAGGAAACCUGUACAUGAACUAUACCGACAUCGAAGAGGUAUUCGUCGACCCCCAGACGGGUGAAGAGACACGCAAGAACGUGUUUAUCAUCUUUGCACAUGGCGCCGCGUUACUUGCCAAGAUCCGCAGAGUGGCAGAAAGCAUGGGCGCAACGCUCUAUCCUAUUGACGCCAAUUCUGAUAAGCGGCGCGAGGCUCUGAUUGAAGUGACAAGCCGGCUCGAGGACCUGAACACGGUCUUGUACAACACUGGUGCGACAAGGAGAGCGGAGCUGACGAAGGUUGCUGAGAGCUUGGCUGUGUGGAGGGACGUAGUAAGGAAGGAGAAGAUGAUCUAUGAGACGCUUAAUCUGUUCAGCUAUGAGGCCAGGCGGAGAGGCUUCGUUGCUGAGGGUUGGGUGCCUACCAGGGACAUCACUCCUGUUCAACUUGCUCUCAGGCAAGCUAUGGAAGUAUCAGGCACCAGCGCGCCUGCCAUCCUCCAAGAAAUGCGCACACACAAAACCCCGCCCACUUAUCACCGCACAAACAAAUUCACUGAAGGAUUCCAAACAAUCAUCGACUCCUACGGUAUUGCCACCUACCAGGAAGUAAACCCAGGUUUGUAUGCUGUUGUUACUUUCCCCUUCCUUUUCGCCGUCAUGUUCGGUGAUCUUGGUCAUGGGUUCAUUAUUUUCAUGGCUGCGCUUAUGAUGGUGAUCUUCGAGCGGUCAAUGGCGAAAGCUCCGCUGGAUGAGAUCGUGGCAACGUUCUUCUUCGGCCGUUAUAUCAUCCUUCUCAUGGGGGCAUUCGCGAUGUACACUGGCCUGAUGUACAACGACAUCUUCUCAUUCUCGAUGCAUCUCUGGAGACCUGGUUGGUACUGGCCACCGACGAAUGGGACGGCGCAGGCUGUUCGGCUCGAUCGUACAUAUCCCUUCGGUGUUGACCCAACGUGGCAUGGCACUGACAAUGGUCUUGUCUUCACCAACUCGUACAAGAUGAAGCUAUCAAUCAUUCUUGGUGUUAUCCACAUGACAUUUGCUAUUUGUCUCCAACUUCCCAAUCACCUUCAUUUCAAGAAGCCACUGAACAUUAUCGCCGAGUUUAUCCCACAAAUCCUUUUCCUACAGUCAAUAUUCGGUUAUCUCGUUAUCUGUAUCAUCUUCAAGUGGUCCGUCGACUGGACCAAAUCGCCCACAUCCCCUCCGGGUCUGCUGAACAUGCUUAUUUAUAUGUUCCUCUCCCCUGGCAAGAUCAACCCGAACGAGCAGCUCUUCCCUGGUCAAGGGCCCUUGCAAGUGUUUCUCCUGUUCCUUGCGCUGAUAUGUGUACCCUGGAUGCUCUGCCUGAAACCAUACAUGCUCUGGAGGGAGCAGAGGAAGAUAAAGGGACAGGGCUACCAAGGAGUGCAGAUGGGCGAUGGUGUCUCCGAUGUCCGUCAGAUGCAUGACGACGACGAUGAGGAGGAAGGCGCUGGUGUCCCUGUCGCUGAAGACGAGGAGGGCGAGCAUGAGGAGGGCAUGAGUGACAUCAUCAUUCAUCAAGUCAUUCAUACCAUCGAGUUCUGUCUCGGCUGCAUCUCCAACACGGCAUCCUACCUGCGUCUUUGGGCGCUCUCGCUAGCACACGCGCAGCUUAGUGAGGUACUGUUCAACAUGACCCUGCGUCUUUCUUUUGGACGGCCCGGGAUCAUGGGUGUCGUCUUCGUCGUAAUCAUGUUCUCCGUAUGGUUCUUUGGAACCGUUGGCAUUCUCUGUGUAAUGGAGGGUCUAUCUGCAUUCCUGCACGCUCUGCGUCUACACUGGGUGGAAGCAAACGGAAAGCAUUAUAUGGCUGGCGGCUACCCCUUCCAACCACUAUCAUUCGCUCGGGUCGAAGCUGCUGAUUAGAUUCACUAGUGGCACUGGAAUGCGGGUCAAUCGGGGACUGCUCGCAUUCUGGCAAAGGGACCAACAGAGUAUGACACGAUACCCGAGUUUCCUACACUACAAUAAAUUGCUAUACCCUGG